AUGAAAACAUCUACCGGUGCAAAGUCUCUUCUUGGUUACCUGAAUAUCAUUCAUGCCUUCAUUCCGGGUUUUACGAAGAUGGCUAGACUUUUACAUCGACUCUUAAAUGUUAAAGGAAAAAGCCUUACUUACCUCGUGUACCUCAUCGGCAGCCUCGCCGUGAUGAGGCCGUAUGCCGUUAACAUGACUUCAUGGCUACAAAACUACUUUACCUCAACGGUCCAUAUUCAUUCCUCGAGUGAAACCCAUGAUAUGUUAACAUCUUGGAUCGCAUCUAGAGGGCUCGAAGAUGCUGCUAGAUCCUUCAUUGCGAAGGUUAAUACCACCCGAAGAAACUAUGGAGAUAGAUCCAGGGCAGUCAAGAAGCCCCUUCAAUUUUUGCCUUACAACGCAGGUUUUUUCAUCUGGUUUAAAAAACAACCGCUUCUAUGCAAGAUCAACGAGGAGGGUACUGGUUACUCCAAAUACGAGAAUAUCUCGGUCACUUGCUUGGGAAGAUCCUCAAAUAUCUUGAAAGCCCUUUUGAAAGAGUGUCAGGAUGAAUACCUAAACCAUAUUGAAAACAAAAUUACCAUAUUUGGCCACUGCAGCUCCCAGUGGAGGAAAGAGAAGGCAAAGGAUAUUAGGCCAUUGUCAACUGUCAUUCUGAAGGACAGUGAAAAGAGCCCCCUUAUCAAAGACAUGAAAGACUUUCUCGAGCCACAGACGAGAAAUUGGUAUUCUCAGCGCCGUCUUCCCUAUCGACGUGGAUAUCUCUUGCACGGACCACCUGGAACAGGGAAAUCUAGCUUUAGUCUCUCAAUUGCCGGCGAGCUGGGCAUGGACAUAUAUGCCGUUAGCAUCCCCAGUGUAGACGAUCAAUCGCUUAAGACCCUGUUUGAACAGCUCCCAGACAAUUGUGUGGUUUUACUAGAAGACAUCGAUGCUGUUGGUUCGGUUUAUUCUCGGGAGCUUGGAGCAGAUGGCCCCAAUAGUGAUUCCAAAUCGCAUGCAGAAAAGAAUGGAGUAACUCUUUCCGGGCUUUUGAACGUACUAGACGGCGUUGCCGCACAGGAAGCGAGAGUUGUCAUCAUGACCACGAAUCAUAUCAAGAAGCUAGACCCAGCGCUUAUCCGACCUGGCCGGGUUGAUAAGAAGGUCGAAUUUCAGCUUGCUGACAGGGAUGUCGCGAUGCAACUCCAUCGUUUUAUCUUUGAUCAGCCGAUAGCGCCGUCUUCUGAGAGCACACCUCAAGCAAAAGUCGACCCUUCAACUGAAAGACACGCCAUUGAGUUCGCUCGUAAAGUACCGGAAGGGGAGUUCAGCCCUGCUCAGAUAAUGUCAUACCUUGUGCAGCACCGACAUGAGCCAGGUGUUGCGUUAGACAAUGUUCAGAGGUGGAUAGAAGCUAUGCGUGAAGAAACCAAAAAGGCGAAAGCAAGUACAACAACAACUACGUUUUGA